AUGGACAAUCAGACCACAGCGACUUAUUUUGUCCUCUUGGGAUUUUCAUACAAUCCACCAGUCCAAAUUUUCCUCUUCUUGAUCUUUUUCUUUAUGUAUGCAGCAACGUUGCUGGGAAAUAUAGUGAUUAUAGCAGUAGUAGUGACUAGUGAUCAGCUUCAGAGCCCCAUGUACUUUUUCCUUAGUCACCUGUCUUUCCUUGAUAUUUGCUUCUCUUCCGUCACUCUGCCAAAGUUGUUAGUUAACCUCUGUUCAAGGCCAACAAUAUCAUACAAUGGCUGCAUUGCCCAGAUGUUCUCAAGCAUUCUGUUAGCUUGCACAGAAGCUUUUAUUCUUACAGCAAUGGCUUUUGACCGAUACACUGCUAUAUGCAAGCCCCUUCAGUAUGUGCAAAUCAUGAACAGAGUGUUCUGCAGAUGUCUGGUGGGAGGUGCAUGGGUUAUUGGAACUGUGCAAACUCUAGUAAAUUCCUUACCUAUAUUAAAACUAACUUUCUGUGGUUCAAAUAUUAUCAGGCAUUUCAGCUGUGAACACCCAUCCUUACUUGCUUUAUCCUGCACUGAAACAUUCCCAAAUGUGGUUACUUUCUUCAUUUCUUUUUUUAUAGUAGGAUCUUCUUCAUUCCUUGUUAUUCUCUUCUCCUACAUCCACAUUGUCUCUACUGUCCUGAAGAUGCAGUCAACGGAAACGAAAAAGAAAACUUUCUCCACUUGCAGUGCCCACCUUAUUGUGGUUGUUCUAUACUAUGGCACAGGCUGCUUUAGGUAUAUGAGACCGAACUCUGUCUCCUCAGCAAUCCUUGAUGAAAUUUUUUCCAUCCAUUAUAGCAUUUCAACCCCCAUGCUGAAUCCCAUUAUUUACAGCUUUAAAACCAAGGAAAUCAAGGGACGCUUAAAAAAAUUAAUGGGGUUCAAGUAA